CAGCUGCAAAAGCAUUUAACGGCCUUCUACGAACAAUGACACUAGGGGUGUCUCAGGACUAAACGCCACACAGAUUGUGGGACUGCUGGAGCGUUCUAAGGAAAGCUGUCUUAUAAGGCUAAAAUCAUCUUGAAAGGGGCAUGUAAAAGCUUUGGCAAAAUGGGCAGGUGACACUGACUAGAUGUUAAUGAGGAGGACUUACCGCAACUAACUUACCAAAGUGGAAAAGGAUUAUUCUUUUUUUUUUAUACCACUACCACUGGAAGUGAGGGCCAGUGAAGCAGGAGAAGCUGGUUGCCACGGAAUGUAUAUUGACAGUUGUCUCUAAGGACUGAAGAGAGACUUGAUAAACAGCUGGACAACAAAAUUCUUCCAGAGUAAUAUAGAGACUGAAUGCCUGUAGCCUGUCAGUCUGAGUGGAGGUUGGCAAGUGAGCAGGGAUGGAUGUGUUUGGUGGAGCGCCACGGUUCCUGGCCUACCCUCGUCCUGUGGUAGUACAAAGUGGCACAGAUGCAGUUCUGAAAUGCCAGAUUGGCGGGGAUCCCAGACCAGCAGUUAUAUGGGAGAGAAACAAUGAGAAGAUUCAUCCAGAGGGCAGAUACCGGGUGUUUGAAGAUGGCAAUGUCUAUAACCUUAUCAUAACUUCUGUGACAAUGGAGGACAGCGGGCAAUACAUCUGCAAGGCCAAGAACUGCAUUGGAGAGACUUACGCAGCAGCCACUUUGAAAGUAGAAGGUGAAGCACAGGAGAUGGAAUUUCGGGAGGAAAACAAGCCCCGCUUCCUCAUCAAGCCCCUCUCGACUAGAGUUGGACGAGGAGAGGAUGCUGUGUUCUCCUGUAAGCUGUGGGGAAACCCUAGACCAGAAGUGAUGUGGGAGAAGGAUGGCAAGAAGUUGAAUGAGAUCUUUGAAAGCACACAUUUUGCCAUCAGCUAUCAGGAUGGAGGAUGGUUCCAACUAAAGAUUUUCAAGACAAGAGCACCAGAUGGAGGGGUGUACACAUGCAAGGCCAGGAAUGAAUUUGGAGAGAGUCUGGCAGGAGCUGUGCUGUUGGUGGAUGCUGGACCAGGACAUGAAGAUGAAGGGAACCGUAACGGUUACACUAACGGCCACUGGAAAGCACAUCAGGGAAAACAGAGAAGUGGUAGGCAGGUUGCGACAAGGCUGAAAGACGAUCCACUGCCAAACUCAGCCAAAGUGAAAAUGUUUGCAGUGACAGAAGGGAAACAUGCAAAGUUUCGGUGCUAUGUAACAGGGAAGCCAAAACCAGAAAUAUUAUGGAGGAAAGAUGGGAGACUUAUCUUGUCUGGGAGACGGUAUCUUUUGUAUGAAGACAGGGAGGGUUACUUCACACUUAAAGUUCUCUACUGCAAACAACAGGACAAUGGAGUUUAUGUCUGUUCUGCUUCAAACACUGCAGGGCAAACCCUGAGUGCUGUACACCUUAUCAUCAAAGAGCCACCUGUUCGAUUUAAGCAACCACUGAAUGACUUGCAAGUAUGGGAGAGAGACUUGGCUGUUCUUGAGUGUGAAGUUCCUGAGGACUCUGUUCCAAUCACCUGGUACUUAGAAGACAGACGACUACAGCCUGGAGCCAAAUAUGGGAUGGAGGAGUGGGGCACAAAGCGACGACUCACAAUUCGUGAUAUUGGAGUUGAUGACGAUGGGAUAUAUCUCUGUGAAAUGGCUGAUGGGGGCAGAAGCAUUGCUGAGGUAGCAGUCAAAGGUACCAUUGUAAGAAAGCUGCCACGAAAAGUUGACGUUCUAGAGGGGGAAAAUGCAGCCUUCUGUGUAGAAGUGGAGGAGGAGGAAAUGGACAUUCAUUGGUACAAAGAUGGAACAGAACUAAGGGAAACCCAUCAGACCAUUAUCAAAUCCUUUGGAAGGACACACAUCUUAGUUUUUGUCAACACCACACCACAAGACUCUGGUAUGGUCAUGUUCUAUGUGGGUAGAUCGAAGACGUCAUCACAGCUACGGGUGAAAGCUGCAAGGCACUGUCCACCAAGCUGUCCAAUCGGAGUACAGAUUAACACAGAAAGAGCAAAUGCAGCCCUCCUUUCCUGGUUUCCAGCACAAGACUCUCGGAAGAAUCCACCUUCAGGGUAUAUAAUUGAGAGGCAAGAGGUUGUUGGCUCACAGGAGUGGCUGCAAUGUUUGACCACAGACUCUGCAACCUCAGUGGAGAUUCUUGGUGACAGCGUUCCAUGCGAGGCAGACUACAGAUUUCGGAUAUGCAGUGUCAACAAAUAUGGAAGGAGUGGGAAUGUAGAGUUUCCACGAGCAGUUCACCUUGUCCCAGUUGCCAGAAUACAAGCACCUCUACAAGACGCUUUAGUGCCAGAGGGCCAGGAUGCCUGCUUUACCAUUGAGCUGUCUGCCUCAGUUAUAGGGACUUGGUUCUUAAAUGGAAAUCAGCUUCAAGACGAUGACCGUUUCUCCAUAAGGCGUUCGCGUACACACCAGUCCCUACGCAUUCGUGGGGUACGGGACACAGACAAUGGAGCAGAGAUCACCUUUAUUGCCUAUGGAAUUCGAGAUUCUGCUGCUUUGUAUAUACAAGCUCCACUGGUAAAAUUCACUCCACUUUCUGAAAUGGAUCGAAACAAGUUUGUGGAGGUUGGCAACCCUAUUGUUCUCUACUGUGAGCUGUCAGACCCUGAGGCUCCAGUUCGUUGGUAUAAGAAUGGUGUUGAACUUCAAUCAAUGGAAGGUCUGCACAUCCAGUCAGAGGGAACAAUGAGGAGGAUUGUCAUCCAAUCAGCUGAUUUCUCCCACUCAGGAGUUUAUAGUUGUGAUGCUAUUGAUGAUGUCAUCAGGUUUAACGUGGAGGUUGAGGCUCCACCAGUGAGGUUCUCCAUUCUUCCGGACCAUGAGAGGAACAAGUCCAUUGAAGCAGGCUCACCGAUAGCACUGCAAUGUGAGCUCUCAGAUCCACUCGCCCAGGUCUCCUGGUAUAAAGAUGGUGUGAAGAUUCUACCGCAAAGUGGACUAGACUUCAAGUCCAAGGGCAUAAAGAGGCAACUGAUUGUCCAGUCAGCUGAAUUUUACCACUCAGGGGUGUACAGCUGCAAGACAAGGGGGGAUGCUGUACACUUCAAUGUGGAUGUUAAAGCUCCACCGGUGAGGUUCUCUGCUGUUCCUGAGGUUAAACGGAGAAAGUGCAUUGAACCAGGCUGCCCCAUUGUCCUGCAGUGUGAAGUUUCAGACUCUACUGCACAGGUCCAGUGGUACAAAGAUGGGUAUCAGCUCCUUGUAGAAUCUGGAGUAGACAUCAAAUCAAAUGACCGCAUGAGAACACUCAGUAUUCAAUCAGCACACCCUUCUCAUGCCGGUGUGUACAGCUGCACAACAAAGGAUGAUGUCACCGAGUUUCAUGUGGAGAUACGAGCUGCACCAGUGAGGUUCUCAGCUGUUCCUGAAGUUGAGACGAAUAAAUGCAUUGAAGCUGGUGGCCACUUUGAACUCCACUGUAAGGUCUCAGAGCCUACAGCCCAAGUCAGCUGGUUCCACAACGAUAUGGAGCUUCAACCCGAGACUGGUUUGGAUAUUCAGUCAGAGGGAGAUGUAAGGACACUGGUAGUCAAUCCAGCUGAGCCCAGUCAUUCUGGAUUGUACCGCUGUGAAUCAUCCGACGACUCUAUCCAUUUCACUGUGGAUAUCAAAGACCCACCGGUGAUGUUCUCAACAUUACCAGACACAGUGAAGAACCAGCUGGUUGAAGCAGACUACUCCACUGAUUUGCACGGUGAGAUCUCAGAUCCAAAUGCCAAUGUGUGUUAUUACAAGGAUGGUGUAGGGCUUGUCUCAAAAAGUCAGCCUCAUAUCAAAACGGAGUGUACCAGGAGGACGUUAGCUGUCAAGACAGCACAGCCCUCUAAUUCUGGAUGGUACGACUGUCUGAGAACGGGUGAUGUCAUCCAGUUUAAUGUACAAGACCAAGCUCCACCCGUGAAGUUCUCCAGUGUCCCUGAGGCUCAGCGGAACAUAUGCAUUGAGUCAGGAAGACCCUUUAAACUACAAUGCGAAGUCUCAGACCCUGAUGCACAAGUCUGGUGGUACAAAGAUGGGAAUGAGUUGCUUCCUCAAGAUGGUAUGGUUACUGUGUAUGAGGAAGCCAUGAGAACACUCUCUGUGCAAAGUGCUGAAUUAUGUCACAGCGGAACUUACAGCUGUCAGACAAACAAUGACGCCAUCUCAUUCCUUGUGGAGAUCAAAGCUCCAUCACUGAAGUUCAUUCCAAUUUCAGAAGUGGAGAAGAACAAGUCCACUGAUGUAGACUCACCAAAUGUUCUGAAAUGUGAUCUAUCAGACGUUACCACAGAGGUGCUCUGGUGCAAAGAUGGUAGAGAGCUGGCCCCAAACCCUGGGCUCAAUUUCCAAACAGAUGGAAAUAUGAGGAAACUAACUUUUCAAUCAGCAGAAAUGUCUGAUACUGGAAACAACACCUGUCAUGCUUCAGGUGAUACUGUAUCAUUCAAGGUGGACAUUCAAGCACACCCUGUUAGGUUCUCAGCACUCCCAGAAAUUGCGAGGAACAAGUUUAUCGAAGCAGGCUGUCCCAUUAUACUUCAGUGUGAAAUCUCAGAUCCUACUGCCCAAGUUUCCUGGCUCAAAGAUGGAGUCGAACUCCUACAAGACAGUGGACUUGACAUCCAGUCAGAGGGCACUAUGAGGAGAAUGAUCAUCCAAUCAGCUGAGCUCAAAAACUCAGGCAUGUACAGCUGUGAGGCUGUAGAUGAUCGCAUAGCAUUCAAGGUGGAUGUUGCAGCACCUCCUGUGACAUUUGCCUACAUACCAGAAGAUGAUCUGCACAGAAAUAUUGUGGAACAAGACAAUCUACUCCUUUGCUGUCAAGUGUCCAGGUCAGAUGCUUCUGCACAAUGGUACAAGGAUGGAGUAGAGCUAAAGCCUAGUGACAACGUCCUCAUAGAGGCAGAAAACACUAUACGAAGACUGAUCGUCCUGUCAGCUCAACUCACAGAUUCUGGGAUGUACACCUGUCGUGCUGGAGAUAGUGCAUUAACAUUUAAAGUUAAUGUAAGAGAACCUCCAGUGAUGAUUGUAUAUCCCAAGGAAGAUGUCCACCUUGAUCGCUAUGUUCCUGAAGAAAUUGUCCUCAGCUGUGAACUUUCACGGUCAAAUGGAAAGGUGACAUGGUUCAAGGAUGGACAGAAACUACAGGAGAGUGAAAACAUAAAGCUAAAGUCAGAGGGUCCGUACAGACGAUUAAAAAUUCUGCGCAGUGGUGUUGAGGACUCAGGAGAAUAUGUCUGUGACACAGCUGAUGAUUCAAUAUUCUUCAAUCUAAACAUUAAAGAACCACCAGUGCGCAUAGUUUCUCCAAGCCAGUCCCAAAUGGAACUUUGCCAACAGACUUCUGAGAGGAUGGUCCUGAGCUGUGAAAUCUCUAGGCCAAAUGCCACUGUACGUUGGUAUCGAGAUGGACUUGAAGUGGAGGAGAGUGACAGCCUAAUUCUGGAGGUUGAUGGUGUCUAUAGGAGACUUAUUAUCCCAAAACCCACUGUCAAAGACUCUGCAGAAUAUGUCUGUGACACUGCUGAUGACUCAGUGACCUUCUUUGUAAACAUCGCAGAGCCACCAGUUAGAUUUAUUCGACCAAGGAAAAUGGCUUAUGGAGUAGAUAAACUUGUUGGGGACAUUGUGGUUCUUGAGUGUGAAGUGUCUCGACCAAAUGCUGAAGUUAGUUGGAAGAAGGAUGCAGAAGAGAUUGAGGAGAACAGCAACAUAACUAUCACAGAGGAUGGCACAAGUCGACAGUUAACCAUUCACUCCGCAACUUUUGAGGAUGCAGGGCAAUAUGUCUGUGAUGCUAGAGAUGAUGUGAUGGAUUUCCUAGUGAAAAUCAAAGAUCCACCACUAAAAAUUCUGCGGAAAGCUGACAUAGAAACAAAACGCAGAUUUGUAGUAUCUGAUGCCAUUGUGUUGAAAUGUGAGAUCUCGAGACCAAAUGGGGUGGUCAGUUGGCUGAAAGACAAUGAAAAGAUUGAGGGAAAUGAGCAUUUCAUCUUUGAAGAGGAAGGAACAUUCAGAUCCCUGAUUGUCCUGAGCGCUGAGUUGAAGGACUCAGGGGACUACAUGUGUGAUGCACAAGAUGAUAAUGUUAUCUUUAGUGUUACUGUAGAAGAGGCUCCAGUGUCUAUUGUUGGAAAUUCAGAGAAGCCAGAACACCACAUUUUAAUGACAGGAGAUGAGCUUAUCCUGGAAUGUGAGGUAUCCCGAGUAAAUGCCAUAGUGCAGUGGUACUUCAAUGGACGUUUACUGCAAGAGGACUCACGCACACACAUCAAAAGCAGAGACACAACGAGGAAGCUUGUUAUAUCAGAACUUCAGACAUCUGACUCUGGAGACUAUCUGUGUGAUGCCAUUGAUGACAAAAUGACCACUAGACUAACAGUUCAAGAACCACCAUUCAAAUUCAUCAAAAAAGAUGAAAGAACAAAUAUUUCAGCCUAUGAAGAAGACAGUGUGACACUACGUGCCACUGUUAACAGGGUCAAUGCCUCGGUUAAAUGGCAGAGAGGCCAUGAUCCAGUCAGAGGUGAUCGUUUCCACACAACAAGUGAUGGUAACAAUCACUACCUCACUAUUAACCCUCUUAAGAGAUGUGAUACUGGAGAAUACACAUGUCAUGUGGGAUCUGACAAAAUGCAAUUCAGUGUCCACAUUAAAGCAAUGAAAGUGAAAUUCUCCAAACCACUAGACAACGUAGUGGGACUCAAAGGUAGUGAUGUGGUUUUAAAAUGUGAACUGUACAAGUCAAAAGGAGAUGUUCAGUGGCUUAAGGGCAGCCAAGAGAUUGCACCAAACAGACAUUUUACAAUCAGAGCUGAGGGUCGAGUGAGAAGCCUGACAAUACAUGAUGUGACAGAAGAUGAUGCAGGAGAGUAUGCUUGUGAAUCUAAAGAUGAAAGGACAUCGGCAACUGUAGUGGUCAACGUUCCUCGCAUUGUGGAGUUUAUUGGAGAGCUACACAACAUAACUGUCAUGGAAGGAGAAGACGCAAUAUUUAAGUGUGUGGUAUCUCCAGAGGAUGCAAAGUUGGCCUGGUUUAAGAAUGGCCAGCCGAUUUCAUCAAAUGAGAAGUUCAACAUCUCAAGUAAUGGAUUAUGCCAUAUGCUGCAUAUCAACAACUGCGUAGUCUCAGAUAGCUGCAAGUUGACAGCCGACGCUGAAGGUGUGAUUUCCAGAGCUAUCCUACAGGUCCAAGAGGCACAGGUGCUUUUCACGAAGAACAUGGACCCGGUGGUUGCAGAGGAGUUUGGUGAGGCAACACUUGAGGUGGAGGUCAGCCUUGAGACUGCGGAGGUGCAGUGGAUGAGACAAGGAGUGGUUAUACAUCCAGGGUCCAAAUUCACCCUGAAGCAGAAUGGCCGAAAACGUUCUCUCACAAUCCACAAACUCACCCUUUCAGACCGCGGCACCUACAGCUGUGAAACGCUCCAUGACCGCACACAAGCCAAGCUCACUGUGGAACCACGAAAAAUCAAGAUUCGGAAAGGUCUAACUGAGAUCCAGACUUACGAACGGGAGACGGCUUCUUUUGAGGUGGAGCUGUCACAUGGCAAUGUGGAUGGUGUGUGGCAGAAGGAUGGGCACAUUCUCAAAAACAACAACCGCUUGCGUAUGACAGCAAAAGGACGAGUACACAGCCUAACCAUCGCCAACCUGACCUUGGAUGACACUGGCAGCUACAUAUUCUCUGUUGAGAACAUCAGAUCACGCGCAAGAUUGGAAGUAAAAGAAAUUCCAGUAACAAUUCUGAAAAAGCUUGAGGAUAUCAGGCAACCAGAAGGAUCUGGCAUAACCCUUGAAUGUGAGCUCUCACGCCACAACGUGGAAGUCAAGUGGACAAAGAAUGAAGUUCAGCUUAAACCAGGAAAGAAUCAUCGCAUUUACUCGAUGGGAAGAAAGUGCUUUCUACAGAUACUGAAGUGUGAGCUGGGAGACUCUGGUUUAUAUGUGUGUGAUGCUGGGGAUGCCACUACCUCCUGUUCAGUGGAUAUCUAUGAGAGGGAGCUUGAGAUACUACAAAGCUUAGAGGAUCUGGAUAUUCAAGAAGGUCAGAAUGCAGUGUUCAUGUGUGAAGUGUCCCUGGACGAUGUGCCCGGAGAGUGGUAUAAAAAUGCAGAGAAGAUAAAACCAACCAGUACCGUUAAGAUUCGUCAGGAAGGGACAAAGCACUUCCUCCUCAUAUGCAAUGUUAAAGAAGACGAUUCUGGAGAGAUCAAGUUUGUUGUCAAAAAUCUCGAGACUACAGCUAACCUUGAGGUGGAAGCACUACCAGCAAACAUUGUGAAACCACUUCAAGACAAGACUGCUCUGGAAAAGACCCGCGUCAUACUGGACUGCACUGUGACCAAUCCACGUUGCAGCAUUCGCUGGUAUAAGGGACCGAAUGUCAUCCUGCCCUCAGAGCGCUUUGAGAUCUGCAGUGAAGGGUGCUAUCGAAAACUUGUGAUUCAGCAGGUGUUGCUAGAAGAUGAGGGCACCUACAGUGUCCAAGUUGGAAACUACACAUCUUCAGCAAAACUAACUGUUGAAGCUCAGUCAGUCCUAAUGGUGAGAGAGCUGCAGGAUGUGGAUGUGAUCGCUCCUGCAGAUGCAAGCUUUGAAUGUGAAGUAUCUUUGCCUGUGGACAAGGCACCUACCUGGACCCUGAAUGGGGAGACACUGCAUCCUGGUCCUAAAGUUGUGGUGGAGAAAAAUGGAACCAUUCAUAGGCUCAUUCUCAAACAAACAUCCGAAGACAUGAGCGGCACAGUAUGCUUUAUCACAGAGAGAGUCAAAAGCACCGCACAUCUGAAAGUCAUAAGUAACCGCUGAGCUGUAAUACUCAACUACGCCACUUUUUAAAUACAAAAAUACCAAAUGAAAUGAUGAAACUAUUAUCUGUUUUAAUGUGUCUGAUAGAGAUAGGAUUAUCAUUAAUUUAUUUGAAAUGUAAAUUUAAAAUCGUUAUUAUGCUGUUUUACACAUCGUAUCCUGCUCUACAUUCAUUACAUAAUAAUUGUCAAGUUUUUCUAAAUUUAUUAUCUCAAACAUUGUGCUUAAUAGGCUACACAAAACGAACAACAGACACCCAGACGUGUAUUUCAUCCAUGUUGUUACUGCUUAAAUGUCUUGCACAUUAAUUUGGUAUUUAAUUUAGAAAUUUGUGUACUACUGUAUAUCCUUGUAUAGAUAUGCUUUGUGUCGUUUUUUAAAUUCUUGUUUGUGGGAUGCAGAUUGAAGUGAGGUUAAGGCGAAAUAAAAAUCUGCAGGGCCAAAGAUGAUCAAAAGAGGGUUUGGGACGGAAAGUAACUUUAGCAUAUAUAACAAAUACACUGAAUUCAAUAAUACAGACGUUUUACAAGCUAGAGAAACAUUUACAAAUAAAUGAAAACGGUUUUGAUAGCUUUAGUUGUUUGCUUCUGUUGUAAUCAGAAGGUAUGUCACAAUUUUUGCCUUUUUCUGAAGAAUCCAGAUUUCCAAAAGUGCUGCAAUUUUCCCUUGUUAAGCAAUAUCUUUCAAUAAAACUUAAAAUCAAAUUUC